AUGCAGAAGCCAGUCGAUUACGGUAUGUCACGAGAGAGACUCGAGAUGGCUUCAUUUGGCACUGAUCCAUGGUUGGCAGACUACGAGACCUGCCUACGGACAGGUCAGUCCCUCAUGGAGAAGAUCAACCAGAGAGACGAACUCCAAAGGAAAGGAUCCAGCCACUCAAAGAUUGAAGCAGAGAUUCGGUUGGCUCUGAGGAAGUUCUCCAAAAGCAUCGAAGGCUUAAAAGGACAACUCUUGAAAGCAUCUUCUAACUAUCAUCUCACACAGCGAGAGGUGGAUAGACGGGUGGGCCUGCUGGACAAUCUGACAGCAAAGGAUAAGAUUCUGAAUGAUGCAUUCAGGAAAGACAUCACCUACACUGCUCCUGAAAGGACCAGACUACUCGCACCCAACACCGCAGGUUUUGGUCAGGACUAUUACGACGAACCGGACGAAAUCAGAGGGAUGUCAAUCAACGAAAUCAGAGAACAACAACAGCAAGUCAUUCAACAGCAAGACGAAGGCUUAGAAUCACUAGCUACAGUCAUAGCAAGACAGAAACAGAUGGGGCAGACGAUAGGCACAGAGCUUGAGGAACACAACGAAAUUCUUGAUGAUUUGUCAAGGCAUGUCGGCAAAACGGACUCCACCAUAGUCCGAGAGACCAAGCAUAUACGAACCGUCACCCAGAAGGCCAAAGAUUGCUCGUUCUACAUUAUCAUCAUUCUACUCCUGGUCGCUAUCGUCAUCAUCGCAGUCAUCCCUAGGCCAAAGUAAACCUCCUACCUUGCCUGCCGAAGAAGAUGAACUGCUGUUGCCAUGACGACCUUCCUGCAUCGAUACCGUGGCAACCACUGAGGUGCAUGUAUUCAGGUGGGAUCAAAUUCAGCAAGGGUGGAUCAAGAAUACUGGGACAUAUUUAACAAAUUAUAACACGGUUUGGGGGGACAUAGUUCAAUACUAGUGGCCCUAGGGGUAUUGGCUGAUUUUGAUUUGCAGAUGCAAAGCGUCUCAUGUCAAGUCUUAAUGUUUUUUAACCUCUACAUCAGUUUUGCACAGAAUGUGGAUAAUGUAUAGAGUUAACAGUGUAUUCAUCCUACAUGAAGUAUGGUCCUACUAACAACCUGACUUGUGAUUGCUACCGUUGCAUGGUUAGGAGUCCAGAAGCUAGCCUGUCCGUUUAUUAGCUACUGGCCAGGAGUAAGGGAGUGUGCAUUAAAUCCCAAAGUUACUUUCCUUCCACGACAUUUCCUCAAACUUUGACCUUUGAAAGUGGAGUGUUUGGUCAACAACAAGAAUAUGACAUUUGGUUCAGCUUAUCUGCUGUCGGCAUGUUUGGGCCCCUCUCGUACUGCUUUUGAGGACAUAAUACUGUAUACAUUUAUAGCGCAACAAUAUUUUCUAAAGGUAGGUCUUCAAUGAUGGUACGGUACCUGUACUUCAUUCCCUGACAGCCAUUAUUUUCCAUGAUAAAUUGGUCCCUAUUGUGAAACAGCGCCCUCAACAGCUCAGUGCAAAUUGGAUAAACUUGAUCAACAGAAAAGGUCGGAUCCUGUAUUUUGUAGUGUUAGGAUUGACACUUUCAGAUGCUGAAGAAAGUAUCACCAUAAAUCUAUCUUUUGAAUUUGACCUGCAGAUUCUUUUUUACUACUUUUUUUCUGGGUUUUUUUUGCAUGCCUACGAGUCACUAUCUUGGUUAGAAAUUUUAGAAAUUUGAAAUUUCAAGCGAACACCAACUCUGUCUCUGUUUUUACAGUAUGCCUCUAAUUCUUGCGUUUAUAAUUUAUAGUUUUGAUUACAAGUUCCGUACCAGAAUUCAUCAUCUAUGCUUUUACAUUUUCGAAAGUUGAAAGCUGACCUUCGCACCAGUUUCCAAGCUUAUGAAAACCUUUGCAAAAGAUUUCUCGGAAAAAGACAAUUUUAGGUGUUAACAUCAGUUUUGAUAUAAUACAUGUACAUGUAUCUGGUACCAGAAUGGUGUAAUUAUUUGUAAAUAUAUUUUUGAUACAUGUUUGUUCUCACGAUAUGUAAAUAUGAGAAAAAGAGAAUAUGGAUGUAUAUAAAGAAGCUGGUAAAUUCUUCAUUUAAUCGCAGAAUAAAAAAUAAUCGAAACAUGAAAA